AUGAAGUUCAGCAUCCUUGCCACCUUCACUGCUCUUGUCAGCAGCGCUACUGCCGCCAACCAGGCUGUUGUCAUCAACAACUGUCCCACCACAAUCUAUGUUCAAUCAUUCCCUUACAAUGGAGCUGCUCCUGGGGCUCUGACCGCCCUCAAGCCAGGACAGAAGUUUGCUGAAAACAUGCGCUCAUCCGGCUCGACUGUCAAGAUUGCCACCAGUAGAACUCUUACCAAGCCUCUCUUCUUCGGAUACUCUUCCACCUCCAAGCCCAACUAUGUCUACUACGAGUUUAGCACUGAAUGGGGAAACCCCUUUGCCAACAAGCACAACAUUCUCAGCCCCGGCGCUGGUUGCAAGCUGUUCGAUUGCCGCGCCGGACAGGCUGACUGCUAUAGCACAAAAAGUAUGAAGAAAGUAUUUGGAUGUCCUAGCCCGACUACCGUCACUGCUACGAUCUGCGCAAAGUAGGCUGUCUCAACGGUUCAUUGUGGUGUAUAGCGAUUAAUUGUUGUGGGUUGACAAUUAACACAUUGCGAUAACAAGAUUGGAAUCCCGGCUUAGACUACUCUUUAUGUAGCAUGAGGGAACAAGUACAUCACAAUUUGAGAUAUAAUCACCCUGGUUGACAAGACUGGUUAUGGUAAAUGUUAUUUUUAUGUGAAAGCCAGUACUAUGCGUAUAUGCGACAA